GCGCGCAGACGCUUUCUCCUCCUCUUUUUUUUUUUUUUGUCUCUUUUUUUCCAACCAAACCCUAUUCUCCUACUACAAGAGGGGGGAAAAAUAGAAAGACGAGAGGAGGAAAAACCAGAACUGAAGAGGAGAGAGAGAAGGAAAUCCCCCCACGGGAAAAAAAAAGAGGAGCUCGGAAUUUCUAGUCUCCAAGCCGUAGCCGUGCGACGACGAGACGACCCGGCCGGAACCGCCGCCGCCGAGGAGAUUGGUUCUGGGAGUAGAGGCGAUACCGAGGGCUGCAGAGGAGGAGGGAUUUGGGAUGGCCGGCGAUGACCAUGUUGUGGUUGAUGUGGACGGCUUAGCGAAAUCCAAGGAGGCCGAGGUUACUAAGAAACCGUCUGAGGUUGCAAACAGUCCAGCUGCGGCUGCUGCAUCUCCGUCAGCUGUUGUUGACUUGGUCCAUGACGAGGAGGAGGGCGGUGGGGAGGAGGAGCCGCUCAUCCAGGCUGCAGAGUGCCGCAUAUGCCAGGAGGAAGAUAGUGUCAAGAAUCUCGAGAAACCCUGUGCUUGCAGCGGCAGCCUCAAGUAUGCUCACAGAGCUUGCGUGCAACGCUGGUGCAAUGAGAAAGGAGACACUACUUGUGAAAUUUGCCAUGAGGAAUACAAGCCUGGUUACACUGCGCCCCCUCGUCCUCAGCCAGAUGAGACAACCAUAGACAUCGACGGUGAUUUGAUUAUGGAUUUGCGUGACCCAAGAAUUCUCGCUGUAGCAGCUGCCCAACGUCGUCUUCUUGAGGCGGAGUAUGAUGGUUAUGCUACUACAGAUGCUAGUGGUGCUGCAUUCUGCCGUUCAGCUGCACUUAUUUUAAUGGCGCUGUUGCUUCUACGACAUGCAUUGUCCAUCUCAGACAACGAAGGAAAUGAUGAUGAUGCUUCUACCAUGUUCUCACUUUUUCUGCUGCGAGCUGCUGGGUUUCUGCUGCCGUGCUACAUCAUGGCAUGGAUAUUCAGUAUUUUGCAUCGCAGGCGACAAAGACAGGAGGAGGCUGCACUGGCUGCAGCAGAGGUGGCCUUCAUCCUACAGUCAGCCAGGGGGCGCGCCCUCCAGUUUGCCAUCGCUCCAGACUCCCCCGCCACCCCGCAGCACGAGCCAGCACCGCAGCAACAGCAAUAGUGGCUAACAAUACAACCCCAGUAGUUCCUCACGACUACUGACCAUACUUCUCUGGUUCGUUUUGUUGUUGAUGAUGCCCCCGUCAUGCAUCAUACUGACUCGCAAAUGUUAAGCCUGGGCUUCUGCCUCCCGUCCCAAUUUGGGUGUCUGUCACCCACAAUUCGUUGCGCCUGAAAUUCUGUAAUUUGUAUUUAGACCGAGUGUAAUCUGAGAAUAUACCAAUGUAGUGUAAAUUCAUUGUUGCAUCUUUUCGUCGCAUUGCUGCGGCGUGAAUAUUAACUUUUAUAUGUACCGUAAUGUACAGUCUUUCAUAAUACUAUUUGUUUUCUAAUAUAUUGUGGACGUGUCGCCA